GUCAUACAGAAGUGCUCUCUCUUGCGGAAAGAUCACAAACCACACACACCGUACGAUGAAUGAAAGCGAUGGUGUUGACUUAGGCCAAAUAAUGCUCUCAAACUAUCACUAAAAGUUAUCCGUGGUACCUUACGGUUGAAUACGACAUAUACAAUUUGUGAGACAUCUGUCCUCUAUUUCCUGCGUGUAAUUGAUAUGUGGCCCUUGAUGAAAAAAGUGUGGACACCCCUGGUCUAGGCACAAAGUCAUUUUCUGUUUGCCUGGUCAAGAAACCUCUGGAAUGCUGCUGGACGAGACACCACUCUUUGAUCCUGCGCUGCUCCAGGAUUUGGACUGGAGCAGUAAUAGCAUCUCCUUUUCACCACCCAUCUCUCCAUCUAACCCCGGAGAGGGCCUAACACUCAGGCCACUCUGCACAGCCGACUUCAAGAAGGGCUUUUUCAAGGUCCUUUCUCAACUUACCAAAACUGGUGAUGUUACCCCAGAACUAUUUAUAAAAAAGUUUGACCAUAUGAAGAAAACUGGAGACUACUAUGUGGUUGUAGUGGAAGACACACAACUUGGGCAGAUUGUUGCUACAGCAACACUCAUCACAGAACACAAAUUUAUACACUCAUGUGCAAAACGAGGCCGAGUGGAGGAGGUAGUGGUAACUGAUGUAUGCAGAGGAAAGCAGCUGGGCAAAUUGCUAGUUGCAACUCUUAUUCUACUCAGCAAAAGACUGGAUUGCUAUAAAAUCACAUUGGAAUGUGCACCCAAAAACGUCACCUUCUACGAGAAGUUUGGCUACAAAGCUUCAGAUGAGACCUACAUGCAGUGUAGGUUCUUUGACUGAGAUCAAAGCUGUGCAAUAUGGACCUUUGCACAUGCUCAGCUAAUGAAACGGUAUACUGAAGAACCUUAUAAAAUUUAUAAUUAUAGCUUACAUCCAAUGCAAGUUUACAAAAAUAUUCAUUUGUGUCUGUUUUAAAAAUCACAGUAUGUAGCAAAUAAUCAAGUGUCUUAAAUUACAAUUGUAUAAGAUUUAUCAUCACUACAUUCAAAGGCUGUGUGCCUUUACCUAAAAAGUCUCCAAAGAAAAGCUUUUUUCAAGUUAUUUUUUCUGUGAGGGAUGUACUUUUGCUAUAUUAAAUUGCUGUCCAGUUUUUAUACUAUGUAACAUUAUAUGGAUAAAUGUGGGAUAUUUAAUACAAGGGAAUAGAAGUGAUUUAUCAGCUUAUUUAAACUUCUAGUUUUGGGAUAGCAUAAAAAUGCAAAUACUAUUUAAUGUAAUUUAUUAAAAUAUUUUUUCUGUA